GUAAGUCUUUAAACAUAAAUAGAUAUUCCUCCUGACAUUAGUUUGCGCAGCUCGCAUGCAGCGCCACUUAAACCCAAUUUGUCUCUCUCUGCAGCCAGUCAUGUAAUGACGUCAUGUGUCCAGGGAAUGCGGGCUGGGAACCGCAUUCUUUUUUUUUUUUCUUUUCCCUCCUCCUCCCUCCCUCCCUUCAGUUAACGCCUUCCCGACUGAGAGAAGGCAACACAGGAAGAGGGAAGGAGUAAGUGGAGGAAAAAAAAAAAGGACGGGACGCCCUCCUCCUCUUCCUCCUGUGUGGGCGAAUAACGGUGCAUGAGAAGUUAUCGCAGCCAGACAAUAGCGCCAGUUGAGUCUCUAUUCCAGGAGCCAAGCUGGGGUGUUCCACCAUGGAAGAUUUGGGAGUGCCUGAGCCGCUUAACUACCCUCUCAGUCCUCGUAUUGUUGUCUUUGAUGCUCUCCUGGCUGAUUUGGAAAGCACCGGCUCCCCCCUCGCUCGUUGCCCGGUCUUGCUUACGUCCGAUCCGCCAGCGCACACUGAUCCGGACGUGCAGAACCCCACCGAGGUCCGCCCACCGCCACCCGCCUACACCCCACAGCAGACGGUUUCCGCAGCCAUGAAGUCCUCCCAAAAUUCCAACCCAGACAAACUAUACAGCACGGUGUGUAAAUCCCGUUCUCCUCGCUCAGCCGAUCCCCCUGCUCCUCCAGUUCCUCCAGCCUUCUCCUCCUCCUCACUGCUGGGAGGAGGUCUGAGUGAACUGGACCAUCUGCUACAGGAGCUGAACGCCACCCAAUUCAACAUCACAGAUGAGAUCCUGGCCCAGUUUCCCACUUCUAAAGAGGAUAAGAUGAAGGAUAAGGACUCCAUUGUCUCCAACUCUGCAAAGCCCUCCGCGACAUCCGCCACGCUGGAGUUGGACAAACUGAUGGCGUCUCUCUCAGACUUCCGUGUCCAGAGCACACCGGCUGUGCCUGUCAGUCCAGUGAUUAUGACAACAGCAACAGCAACAACGACAGCAGUAACACCACAGCAGCCGGUUGCUCCUCCACAACCUUCAUCGGGUGGCUCGCUGGAUAGCAUGCUAGGCCUCCUCCAAUCUGACUUAAGCCGGCAAGGGGUUCAAACUUCCCCCAAAGGAAACUGUUCGGCCUGUCAGAAGCCUGUCGUGGGACAGGUAGUGACAGCCCUGGGCAAAGUGUGGCACCCGGAGCACUUUGCGUGCACAGAAUGCGAGACAGAGUUGGGCAGCCGCAACUUCUUCGAGAAAGACGGGCGGCCGUACUGCGAGUCCGACUACUUCGCGCUUUUCUCCCCUCACUGCGCCCACUGCAAUAAGCCCAUACUAAAUAAAAUGGUGACUGCCCUGGAGAAGAACUGGCACCCCGAGUGUUUCUGCUGCGUCAAGUGCAGCAACACGUUUGGCGAAGAAGGCUUCCACGACCGUGAGGGCCAGCAGUACUGCCAGCAGUGCUUCCUGACUUUGUUUGCCUCCCGCUGUCAAGGCUGCAGCCAGCCCAUCCUGGAAAACUACAUCUCGGCUCUCAACUCUCUGUGGCACCCGCAGUGCUUCGUCUGCAGGGAGUGUUACAGCCCGUUCGUGAACGGCAGCUUCUUCGAGCACGAGGGCAAGCCGCUGUGCGAGGCCCACUACCAUCAGUCACGGGGCAGCGUGUGCCAGGCGUGCCAGCAGCCCAUCCUGGGCCGCUGCGUCACCGCCAUGGGGGCCAAGUUCCACCCCCACCACCUGGUGUGCCACUUCUGCCUGAAGCCGUUGAGCAAAGGAUGCUUCAAGGAGCAGGAGAACAAGCCCUACUGCCAUCCGUGCUUCAUCAAGCUCUUUGGCUGAAGACACGGACCACCUCUCCUCCUCCUUUGGUUUGAAAUUUUAUACUGUAGCAAUGAGGGUAAAGCUGAUCUCUUUUGUGCUUUUAAGAGUACAGUGAAAAAAUAAUCGAGACCCUGACAAUUUUACAAUUUCCUGUAGACGCCACAACAUAUUUCCUGGGCAGACGAUGUCACUAGGUAGUGCCAAAGCAGUACUUUUUAUAUUUUAGGUCAUGUUUGGCACCAAGAGGCCACAAAAUAGCGCAAGAGCAUUACGUUUGCAUUGAGACUAUGCUGAGCACAAAAACAGCUCAUUUGUUCCUCCAAAUUCUGUGAAUAUGCAAGGGAGCACUGUACUGUAAUAAAUAAAAUCGCCAAAUCAUUUUCUAUUUUCAAAAAAGAGGACAGCACAUAAGCCCGGUGGUGUGAAAUACAACUGAAAGAAGUACACUAUAAUUAGAAUCUAAUUGUAAUGUCUCAUUAUGAAACACACCAAAAAUAAUGGCAAAUAUUUUUGUUACGUGCUUGUAUUUAUUACGUAAUGUGCUGAGUCAAUUAAAUAUUUCAAACCAAAGAUAUAUAAAAUAAAUAUAUGGAAGGAUUUUUCUUUUCAGAGAUGCAGUUGUUUAAGUUUUCAGACCAAAUAAAUUACUGAAGGUGUUUUUAUGUAGUCCGCUUCUUACAGUAUAUGAAUAGGACCAUUUAAAAUAUCACAUGCUCUAUAUCGGAUCACAUUACGUCAAAAAUACUGUAUGCACUUUUCCAAAAACUUCCAAAGAAUAAAACUACACGUUUCAUUUGUAAUUUCA